AUGAAUCAUGCGUCUCUCAACAGGCUGCAUCCUGAUCACCAUUACCAGGAAGAAAUCGUAAAAACCGAUCUUGUCAGCCAAACAAUUCAAGACAUUCACAAUCUCAUUGCGGCUUAUCCUCUUGAAUUCCAUGUGCCCUUUCUAACGGCAUUUGCUCAACCAUGCACUGUGCACACUGCAAUCCUCGAUCUUUAUAGUAUCACUCUUGAAAAAUACUCGUUACGAGACAUUCACUUCGAUACCCACUGGCAUUGGCAUAUUGCAUGGCGACAGGCACUUUCAUACGAAAAUCUUCUUGUACUUGGUGACAAUAAUGUCUCUCGUGUGGUUGAAUCUUUUCAUCCAAAAAGUCACAAGGCGAUUGAAGCUAUUUACAAACAUGAACUGGCACGCUACAUGCGAUGGUAUCCCUGGAAGUGGUUCUCUAAUCUAGUAUUUAUUGGUGCAGGCGGGUUUUCAGCUGUAUAUGAAGCCGAGGUUGGACUUCCUUACGACGUUAGUGUGGGAAUAUCUGAUGAUGGCCGUGGCUAUGCUCAGGGUACACAUAUCCGACCUGUUGUGCUCAAGGUCGUGGAUGAAAAGGUUUUGAAUGAGAUUGUAGUACAAUCAAGGGCAUUUUUGGCUCUAUUGUUUCAUGGAUUGACGGUGUGUGAGAGCACAGGCGAUUUGAUGAUGGUGGGAACAUUAGCGGAACAGGGGAACCUAGAGAACUUUAUCGGACGACCUAUUCCAUUCAGUAUGCCAGCAGUAUUGUACGCAGUAACACGUUUAGCAGUGAACAUGGCAAGUCUCCACGAUGAGAUUAAAAUGUGCCAUCGUAAUGUACACCCUCGCAAUGUACUAUGCGGAGACGACUAUCAUCUAGUUGACUAUCGAUUCUCAACAGCUUCAAAUGAAGCUACAAAAGUCACCCAACAGGCCAUGGUGCAUUAUGGACGAAUACCAUACAUAGCACCUGAAGUCAGACAAGGAAUUUACACAGAAAAAUCUGAUGUCUAUAGUUUGGGAAUCAUGAUGUGGCAAUUGAUUUCAGGCAUCAAUUUUCCCGACCCCGAAAUCCUCCUAAGUAAUACGAAUGUCUACAGGAUUGAGCGGAUUCCUGGUGUACCUCGCUGGUACCAAGAUCUAAUUAUUGCCUGUCUUGAACCUCAUCCUAAUAACAGACCCACCUCUGAAGAAGUAGGAAACAUUACCAGGCGGUUUGCAGAUAGUGAAUCUGAUGCUCGUAUUAGCCCUGAGUGGAUGGCCUAUGUCGUACGCCGAAGAGACGAAAUUAAAAGAUCUCACCAGGGUGUAGCUAAAAACCAGGCUUCUGUACCUGUCUCUCGUGUAUAUCCCCUUAGACAACUACAAAAUCCUUUACCUAUUCACUCCUCUUUUCUUAAUCGCCCUCUCGAUAUGGCUUCCUUCUCAGCUCUUUCCAGCCUCACUUAA